CUAAUAGCUUUGUGAGACUAGUAAGUUUAGAGCAAUAUAAGUCAAGUUCAACAAAAUCUUUCAGAUUUUGGGACUUCUAGUUCUAGUUAAUAAAAAGACACACACACACACACAAGAAAUGGUAGUAAUAAAUUACAAGAAAAGGUUGACGACUUGGAAAUUAAUUACCUGAAUGUCCAAGCAUACCACACUUUCUUAAUGAAAAACCACUGAGAAGGGGUAAAGCGUUUUUUAGAAACUAGAAAAAUUAUAUAGAAAAAUCGAUAAUGGAGAGUAAACAUUUUCAGAUUGAAGAUCCUAACCAAAUAGACAUGGUCAUUCAUCAUGCAUUUUUAACUCGACGAUUGCCACAAACAGAGGAGGAGGCAAAUCUCUCUGGAACGCUAGUGCAAUUCACUUUUAAUUAUUUACCUAACAUGCCCAAAAUGGGCAUCCCGGCAGAAAUGCCAGGUCUAAACUCUGUUCGAAAAACAAUGGAGAUUUGGAAAAAUAUACAAAGUAGCUCAGUUAAUGAAAUUCAAGUUAAGGAGGCACUUGUUUCUUUGCAAACUGGUCAAACAUUUGCGGUAUUUGUUCGAGCUCAUAAUUCUGUUAUAACAAUUAGAAGAUCUGAACACGGUAAAAAUGCUCUUAUGAGUGUGUUUAGAGCUUUGCCAAAUAAUAAAAAUGUUUUGACUGAAGGAGAUUUGUUUCAAACUUUUCCAGAAAGAGCAGUUUGGAUUCCAUUUGAUCGGUUUAUAUCUGACACAUUUUCUAGACAAGUUGCUAUAUUGUGCAACCACACAUUCGGAGAAACGUUGACGGAAGCAAACAAAGCUGGUGUCAAAUACUCUGAUGAUUUUGAUGUUGCUGAACCCAUGUUUGUUAUUUCGUGGUUGUUGGGAGCAAUGUCUGGAUUAAUAAAAGGAGAUGAUAACUUUAAACUUGUUCAAAAGGUAAUACGCCAUGAAGUUUUUUAUGCAAAAGGACUCGCAAACCCGUGGCGCCGCUCUGGAGAAUGGUUAGCAAUUAAAUGUGUUCUUCAUAUAAUGCUCGUGGAAGAACUUGGGGAAAACGAGGGAACAGUUGUCUACAAAUCUUUGAUGAUUCAUGUCAUGUCUAGUUUUAUUGAAAAUCUACCAAUCACUUUUAAUGAUAAUGAUAUUAUUAUGCAGAUGUUGAGCAAGGUGAGUAGAAGAAUGGUUAAACUGAAAAACUAUAUAAACAAUAGGGGUCUUGGAAACAAUUACAUCAAUAAUAUGGAAUUAUCUAAUCAAACAAUUAAGUGGACUGAAACUGUAUUUAAAAAUGGACGUAAUGUUUUGCAAAAAAAAAGAGCAGAAGCAGAUAGUCGCUGGAAUAAACACUCUGAAAAUUGUUCCCAAAUUUCAAAGGUUAAUAUUUCAGAGCUUCGUCCAUUUGACCAUAUAACUCAUAAGUUGAAUGAAUUGACUGUUAGUCGAAUAAAUCAAGCAUUUAAAGAAGACGAAAAUCCAAAAAUAAAUGUAAAAGAUCCUCAAUGUGUUAAUCGCUGGAAUAAUGAAACCUUUCUAUUUGAUAUAAACUAUCUUAUAAACGCCGCUCAAAAUAACCAAACAGUCACCAGUCAAAAUGACCAAACAGAAAUAAAACUUUAUGAUUUUGAGGUUUGGGUUAGACUGGUGUUGUGGAAAGAUUUUGUGCCACAUACCACACAUUUUCUUAAAAAUAGCUCUCAACUGUUUGAUUUGUUUUUUAAAUACCUUGAAAUAAGUAUCAAAUUAUACGCUAAUGAUUCGGUUGGGUUAAGUCGCAUGAGUUUAACUUUAUUUCUCAUAACUGCCGCAUUAGAUUCUAUUGCCACACAAAAAAACCCAUUACUGGCUGAAUAUCAUACUAGUUUUGAAGAAAAAAACUUCGAUAGCUUACUAACACCGUUAUUUGAAGACAUGAAAUAUUUACAUUCUGUUAGAAACUAUUUUGCAGAAAGAAACACAAAAGCCGUUUAUCCAAGCAUUAUAUCAAAUGACGUAAAUAUGAAUUCAUUUGGACCAAGACUAGCCAAUGAAAGUGAAGAAAUGCAACAAAAACGAAUAGAUAUUCUUUUGUACGCUGAGAAAAAACGCGAAGAAAAAAAGAGAGAGUUUGAAAUGUGUCUCAAAGAGUAUAGAAAUUUGAUGGAAAUUUAUGAAAAAAGAAAACAUGACGAGAAUUGUCGUGGCUAUUUUAGUUGUUGCUCCAAAUGUGAAAUAUUAAAAGAAGCUGAAUCUAUAAAAGUUUAUUUUUAUGAAGACCCAAUUCCAGAAGGUAGCGUUUGGAUGCAAAACGCUAUAGUCUUUGAACUAAGUAUACCUGUCAGCAUACGAUGCCUUCGAGAUGCUUUGUUUUUAAUUCAUAAAAAACUGAAUAACAAACAAUUUGAAGAUAUCCGCAUUCUACAGCCUUGGAGUUCUCAUCCACAAUUGCACGCUUGGGUCAGUUCCGAAUGCUCGAAAUCUUUAGUUUCCAUAGGAAGUGAUGCAUCAUAUCUUUCGUGGUCCCGCUUUAAAUUUCAUUAUAUAAAUUUUUGUGACAAUGUUAGAGAGUUUCUUAAACCUUGUGGUCUUACCAUUAAACUCUUUAUGCAAUAUAAAAAUAAAAGUAUUGAAUGUAAACUUGUUGAGCAUAAACAAUUGAAACAAAAAAUUGUCACAAUGAAAGCGUGGAACAAACCAUAUCAAAUUAACGAGAUAUGGAUUGCAGAGGCAACUCAUACAGAAAAUGAGGUUCUAGCAUCUAAGAUCGAAUGUCCUUUGGAUCUUCAACUUGAUGAAUUUAUAACAUUUGGUUCAUUGCGUGCUGGUCAUCGUUUACAACUUAGGAAAAUGCUUAAAGCAAUUGAAAUGCGUUCAUUAAGUUUUGAUAGUUCAUCUGUUUUCGCUUUGUUUUCGCAAGCUCUAUGGCAAGCGGGGCCUGUAAUUAAAAAAGAUGGUACAAUAGAAAACAAUGAUAUCAAUAAUCCUGUUUUAUUUUUUGAAAGUCAUGCUGAUCUUCAAAAUGAUGGCUUUUGUCACGUGUUUAUAAAAUAUUUAUCUACAUUUUUAAAAAGCAUAAGUAAAAAUUGGAAGAAACACAGUCAACUCCAUAUUGUUAUUAUAAUUGCUCUAAGAAUAUUUUCAUUGUCAAGUGAAGAAAUUCGCGUUAAAGCUGCUGAACUCUUGUUACAAUGCCGAAAGAUUGCUGAAAGAUGGGCUAUUGAAAUCGAAAAGUUACUUUCAAAAAUAAUGACAGAUAGUUCAAAUGAAAUCCAAGAAAAACGUUUUAAAUUAAUUGAAGUCGCUGCUUUUUCAGCGCUUACUUUUGACGUUGAUAGAUGUCAUGAAUAUGUAAUCAACAAAAAAACGCUGGUUUCAUGGCUGCGUGCAGUUGCUCGAAUUCACGAUAACAUUCUUCUGGGCAAUGACUCUUUUGAUAUAGAGAAAAUUAAUUUGCUUCGAAGAGUAAGACUUAUAGGGUUGCGUUUUGAAAAUGUUGCAAUGAAAUUAUUAGCUUCAGAGAACAUCUAUAUAUUCAAAACAUUUCUUUCCAGUUAUUGGGCAGAUUUUUGCAAAGGUGUUUGCAUGAAUUCUUGGGUUUCGUGCCCACGACCAUCACAAGAAUGGUAUUUUAAUACUUUUAUUUCAAAUAACUCAUCAUUAACAUUGCAAAUUAGUAUUUUGAGUGGCAAAUUUCUUGUAGACGGUAAUCCUGUUGGGCGGCUUCCAGAUACCAUUACUAAAUCAUCUGACUACCAAAGAGUUUUUGAUGAACAUGUUUUUGAUGUGCAACCAUCUGCUGAACAGAUGUCUGCAUUUAUAAGUAUUCAUAAUUUUCAAGGAUCAAGAUUUGUAUUUUCAGUUCGGAAACACGGAUGUGUUAUUGUAGAAAGGCGUAGCUCAGGUGACGAGUACGAAAUGAUUCCCUUUACUGUAUUUAAUGGACUUUUCCCAAUUUUUUUUUUAAACAAAUACAGUCAUUGGAUCUGUAAAAAAACCAAAGUUAUUUAUUUUCGACCAAUUAAGUUUGAUGACGUUAAUUUUUUUAAAGCUGAAUCUGAAGAACACUUUCCAUAUCGAUUUAAUGUGCUGAAGAACACUUUAUACGAUUUACAAAGAAAUCGAUAUUUAGUUGAUAUUAAUAGUAACACUUUUAAAGAAAUAUAUAGUUGCUUAGAACGGAUCGAACUUAGAGAACAUGUUCACUUGUGGGUAGAUAAACAUAAAAAACAUAAUAAGUUGCAACAAGAACUCAAAAACCAAAUUCAAAUUCAAAAAAAAGAAGGAAAAAAGACAAACUUGAAAAAUCACAAAGAAGAAGAAAGGUUUCAAACAAAACAAGAACAAUUUCAAGUAGACAAUGAACAGUAUCAAACAGAAGAAGAAAAAAUGCAAAUAGAUGAUGAACAAUUGCAAAUAGAACAAAAGGAAAUAAAAACAGGACCGGAAGAUCUUGAUCUUAAUGCUGAACUACCUAGAAUGGAUUUAACCUUUAAAGUUGAAAUAAAAACUGGAAAGUUAUUUUCUAAUGAGCACAUGGGUUUAAUUGUCGCUGACUUACAAGGUAAUAUUGGAACACUUAUUGGACUAGAAAAUAGUCUUCUGUUAAAUGAGAAUGAACCAUCGAUCAAUAGCCAACAAAGAGUGUUAAUUGUACCACAUUCGAAAACAAUAGAAUUAAGAGAAAUUUCAAAUCAUCAAAAUGUGAGAAUUAAACUUAAUGAAUUAUUUUCUCCACCGUAUUUUUGUUAUAAUAUUGAUGACCGACUUUGCGAACUCCGCGGUCCUGCUAACCAAGAAGCCUGGCUCUACCUAUCUCUUCUUCAUGCAAUGACUUCAAGUUCGCUUCCAGAUCCAUUCACAAGGUUAGCAGGAACUGAAUCGUCAAUGCGCUUGUUGCAGAUUGGGCGCACUUUCUCAUGCAGACCAUUAGAUCAAACUGCGUUGCAUACUCUAAAAAGAAUUUCAAAACUUGCUCCAACCCGCAAACAAAAUGAUGUAUACACACAACGUUUACAAUCUGUCACCUGGUUCCCAAAUCUUCACUCAACUUACGGCUACGAGGGCUUGGUUUUAGCCUCCAAUAUUUUACUUUUUCAUGCUGAUACGUACAAGGAAUUGUUUCUUACAAAACAACAACUAGCAAAGCAACAAAAAAAACAACAACAAGAAAACACCCUAUUAGAACUAAACACCCUAACAAAAAGAGCAUACUGGCGUAACAGAACACAGUUAAAUUCUUGCUCUCAUUUGCACAAUGAAAAUGAAAAAAUUAUUGGUGGAUUUCCAAAAAGAAAGCUGGCAUGGUCUUACACUAAUGACCGUCAAAGUAAUAAUGAUUCGCGAUUAUUAAUGGAAAACUAUUAUCAAUGGAAUGGCGUUAGCUUUAUUCCUUCUAAUUUAUGGGAACUUAUUAAAACCAAAAACAGUUUAAAAAAUCCACAAGUAUUUCCAACAUCUACCAUGUUUACACUUGCAAAUUUCGAUGUUUUAAACAGUUACUUGCAAUUAUACGAAUUAGCUCAAAAUGUUUAUGAGAACCGCGAGGAUCGCUUUGAAUUUAGUUUUUUGUUAUCUUUUUUAGCUUUUAAAGGCGAAAACAUAGACUUGUUGUUUAGUCUUUUAGCAGUAGCUAUUCUGCAUAUUCAAGUAGAGCCUCCGUCUGUAAGGGAUUACGAGUGCCUUAACCAGACGGAUUUUGAUUUAGAAGAAAUAAACAAAGUAAUUAAGAAAGAAAUUAGGAAAGAAAAUAUUCAAAGCGUUAAAAAAGAAAACAAAACAAAAUACAAAAACUUUAAAAAAAAUGCAGUAAAAACUUUGGGAGAUAUUGCUAAAAAACAAUGGGAAACAAAAAGUGUAGAUUUUCAUUCAAUCUGUAACACUAAGGUAUCCAAUAUCGAUUAUAAUCAAAAUAGUAUGUUUGCAACUUUAAUGUCGUUGGAUUAUAUCAUUAAUAUAAAUGCAGCUGAAAAAGAAGUGAAGAAAUUAUUUUUAAGAUGGGAUAGCAAUGGUAAGCUUAAGUCCUUUUUAAACGAAGUGGAAUCCCAAAUACGAGUAACAAACUCAGUUCUUAAAUUUGAUAAUGUAACAUUGCUAAAUAAAAUGGAUUCUUUUUCGCUAUCAAAUCCAAGAAGUACUGAUCCUUGCUCUUCAAACGCGUAUGAAAUCAAACUUGAAAUUAAGAACCUUGAAGAAAGCCAGGAUGCAAUAAAUUUGUUUCAAAAAAAUUCUUCUGUACCAGUCUUCUAUACCAAGACUUGUUGCGAUACUAUGAACAAACAAAAACAAUCUGAGGAAGUGUUGUCUCUUCUCCAAGCUUUGCCUCUUCUCCAAAAGGAUGAUCAUGAUAACUUUGAUGAUAUAUUAGAGUUUAUGAAAAUUUCCUUAGAAAACAGCAAUAAUUUUUAUAAAAACGAUUAUCUAUUUUUUAAUGAUAUAGACUUUGAAAAUAAUAACAUAUUUAACGAAUGCCGUAGUUGUUUAUCUAACUCUAAACCCAGGUAUUUGUGGAAGGAAGUGGAAGACUCUAUGAUGCCACGAAACAAUGAUAAUGUGGAUUAUGCUCUUUUUUAUGGAGGAAUAUGGAGAAGAAUUGCCCCCGUAACCAUAAUUCCAUGUAUAUUACCAUUAACAUCAUUAUCAUGCACAUUACUUGCAAUCGAUGCUAAUUAUGAAGUCCCACAAAGUGUAAUUAAUCGCGUUGGUGCGUUAAUUGUAUCUUGGACAGCCGAACAGAGAGCUAUUAGAUGUCUUAAACUAAACAUCAAACAUCAACAAAACAUAAGUAACAAAACAUUUCGUGCUUCUCUCAUUCAAGAAGUUAUUAACGUAGGUCAUGAUAAUUGGAUUCCUUCUUCUCAUCCUGAAUGGCUUAUUCUUGAGCUUGAGGGAAAUUUCUUAAUUCGACCCAUUCAGAUUGAUGUUGCUAAUAGCAUGAUAAAUGCUCAUGAAAACUUUGUUCAACAAUUAAACAUGGGAGAAGGGAAAACCAGUGUUAUUAUUCCUCUACUUGCAGUAUCGUUAGCUACAUCGGAGAAAGUUGUUCGAGUAAAUGUGUUACGGUCCCUUUUAAACACAAACAUUGAAUUACUUGUGGAUAAACUUGGUGGGCUUCUCAACAGACGAGUUUACAUAGUACCGUGUCGCAGAGAUAUAAACUUUAAUCCUUUAAAGAUUCUAAGAGUCUACACAGAGUGUCUUUUGGGGCGUGGGCUGAUGCUAACAACACCUGAACAUCGAUUAUCCCUUAAUUUAAAAACAUUGGAACAUUGCCGCAAAAAAUCUGAAGAGGCUUUAAAUUUUUACCAGUUGCGUUGCUGGCAUCAAAAACAUAUUUGCGAUGUCUUGGAUGAAGCAGAUGAAAUAUUAAACGUUAAAUACCAGGUUGUUUACACGCUUGGUGAACAGUUACAUUUUGACGGUGGUGCUCUGAGGUGGGUAAUUUCUCAAGCAGUUUUAAAAUUAGUUAAUAAAUUUGGAGAAAAAAUAUUUCAAAAGUAUGGCGAAGAUUGUAUUGAACAUUAUGUAGAAAAAUCUCGAUACGAUUCGUUUUCACAUAUCAGGUUUCUUACUAACAACAAAGAAGUGUAUGAUUACAUGUGUCGCUUAAUUGUUGAUUCAAUACUUAAUAACGAAGUUCCAGAAAUUUCAGUUGCAGCAAAACUAAAGCGAAGUGAUAAAAGUUUUGCGAGAAUAUUUCUUACCUCUAACGACAUUAGUGACGCAGAGAUGAACAAGCGUUUUUCUGAACUAUUUGUUAAAAAUAAUGUUUUAAAAGAAGAGUUGUUAAUUUUACGUGGAAUACUUAUCUUCGAAGUUUUACAUAUGGCACUUCAAAAACGAUGGAGAGUUAAUUUUGGUGUUAGCUUAUCAAAUACUUCAUCACAAAUGGCUGUGCCAUUCCGUGCUAAAGAUGUUGCCUCGGAAAGAACUGAGUUUGGUCAUCCUGAUAUGGUUAUUCUUUUGACUCAAAUUAGUUACUAUAUGAGUGGUCUUAGUGAAAGCCAGCUAGAUGAAGUAUUUAUACAUUUAGAUAAAUGCACAAAUAAAGAAGUUGCAUAUGGACAAUGGAUAAAAGCCAUUGGAAUUGAUAAAGUGCCAAACUAUUUGCAUGAAUUGAAUGGUGUUAAUUUAGACAGCAUUGAGCAAAAAGAGCAUUUAUAUUCUCUUUUAAGAUACAGUAUGAGCGUGGUAAAUUUUUGGCUAAACCGAGUUGUUUAUCCACGAGAAGCAAAGCAAUUUCCUUUCAAGAUUUCAACGUCAGCGUGGGAUUUAUGUUUGAAAACUCAAUUUGAAGCUGAAUCAAAAAACUUCACUACUGGCUUUAGUGGCACAAACGAAUCACAAUUGCUUCUUCCAUUAACCAUUAUUCAAAAUGAUUUACCUAAAAUCUCGGGAACCAAUGCUAUGGUGUUAAGCUUUUUACUUCAACCUGAAAAUAAAACCUAUUAUUACAUAAAUUCGUGCGUAGAAAAAUUAGAAGAAUGUAUUUUAAAAAAACUGAUUGAAACAAAGGCUUGCGUUUUGAUUGAUGUAGGUGCUUUAAUGUUGAAGUUAGAUAACAAAAAGGUUGCUCAAGAGUGGCUAAAAAUGUCUUUAGCUUCUGAAGUAUAUGCUGCAGUAUAUUUAGACACGGAAGAUAGAUUAAUGGUAUGUGAUAGAAAAGGCCGUACUUCAUUACUUACAGUCUCUCCAUACUUACACUCACUUGACAAAUGUGUAAUAUAUCUUGAUGAUGUUCAUACCAGGGGAACAGAUUUAAAAUUUCCCAUGAACGCCAUUGCUUGUGUUACCUUGGGUAAAGGACUCACAAAAGAUCGCCUUGUUCAAGCCUGCAUGCGUAUGCGAUUACUAGGCAAAGGACAUAGCGUUUAUUUCUGCGCCUCAAAGGAUGUCCACAUAUCUAUUGUAAGUCAAAUGAAAUCAUGCGACAUAGUUCCGGAAGCUGUUGAUGUACUGCGAUGGGCACUUAUAAACAGCUGUAAUGCUAUUCGUGAUGGACUUUUGCAAUGGUCAUCUCAAGGAAUACGCUACGCCACAAAGGAAGCCGUUGAAUAUUCUAUGUUUAAAAACAGCACCACGGAAUAUAACACAUUAGAUAAUGUGACAUUAGAUAGUCUUCAAGAACUUGGUAAUAUGUGUUCUGAAGAGGAAGUGAUAUGUUUGAAUAAAUUUUACGGAGGAUCUCGAUCAUUAGAAUCUAUUCCUAAAAUUGUUCAGAGUAGUUUAGACAAACGUGUAAAACUAUUUAAUGAAAAAAAUAUAGCAACUAUUGUGGAAAGAUUAACCAUGAGUGGUGCAGAUAUUAUCUCUCGCAUCAAUAAAUUUGUAUCUAAAUAUAAACGCUUUGCUAAUAUACUUGACGAAGAACAAGAAAGAGAACUAGAAGCUGAGUUAGAGGAAGAACGUCAAGUAGAACGCCCAGGUCCUCAAAAUCCACAUAAACCAAAAUUGUCAAAACAAGUUCGAGAUUUAGUCGAAACUGGAAUAAUAACAAAUGAGAAUGCUGAGAUAUUGCCAAUUCAUAAAGUCUUUCAAAAUACAAAUCGAAUUUCAAAGUUGAUGCCGAUUUAUGGUUUGAGCCCUAACUUUAUGGUAACAAAUGAGUUUACUAUGGUUAUUGAAGAUAUUGAUAGUGGUGAUGAUUUUCUCUUUGAAAUUUCUUGGGUGAUAGUAGUCGCUUCUAAGAAUCAUUUAGGCCCCGCUACUUACGUUUUAAUUAGCUCUUUUGAAGCAAACGAGUUACUUCCAAUUUUUCGUUCAAUAAAAGAGAAUCGUGGGGUAAGAUUACAUAUGUUUGCUCCACGUCUACGUCGUGGUCAAUGCAUUCUAAUUAAUCAAAGUUCUCUUGCUCUUCCUGAUUCGAAAGGUGAACUUUUAGAUGAUGAUAUCAAUGCUCAAUUUUUUGUAUUAGGGGGCUCUCUUUUUUUUUUAACUAAAGAAGAGGAAAAUGCGUACUCUAAUUUUGUUAGAACUUCUUUAUUUAAUGAAUGUGCGAAGGUUUUUUUUGAUAAUAGGAUCGGAUAUAACAAAAACUCUUAUGAUAAUAUGGUUGGGUGUGACAAAGACUCUUUGGAUAAUAGGAAUGGGUGUGACAAAGAAGUAUUGUUGAAUGAGAGUUCACAAUGUGAAAGCAGCUAUGCUCCACAAUGCAAAAAAAUAAAAUUACACAUUCCAAAACAUAAAACUAAAGAAACUUUUGUGAAGAUUGCAAUUGAAAUUUUGCGUACUCGUGGGCGUUACAUGAAUUCAACAUCAUCCGAUGUUUGCCAGUUGCUCUUUCAUGGAACUUCAUCUUUUUUGUGAUCUUUUUGAUUUUAAGAUCUUCAAUUUAUAAAAA